AUGAGUGAUCAAAAAAAGUGGGACGAACAUCUAAGAAAAGUCCAAAAACCACCUGAGAAAAAAGAAGAAAAUAAAGUUCCGGAAAAACAAAAGGAUGAUAGUGAGAAACCAGAGGAAAAAAUUUGGGAAGGAGAUUGGAUGCAAUUAGAUUGUAAUCAAUAUAAAACGGAUUAUUUGAAUUGUAAAAAGUGGAAGAAAAAUGAUGAUGAAGCUGCUUACAAUAAAUUGAUAGAAAGCGUGAAAAAGCGAAGAAUGGAGCGUUUAAAACCUCACCUAGCGAACGAUGUGUGGACCAAACGUGAUAAACCACCUGCAGAUUGGUCUGAACCCUUACCUGAAUGGAUGGUUAAGAAAAACGAAGGAACAUUUCUUGCAUCCAAACAAAAAAAUAUUGAUGUAAUGGGUUACGAUAAUAACAUGGAUUUGUAUGUACCAUCGUGCACAAUACUUUAA